AGCGUAGAAAUGGCGGGCGGCUCUGAAGGUCUUGUCCAGCUAUCCGCGGCAGCAAUCCUGCCGCUGAUUGCAGAAGCGGGGCGGAGGAGCCCUCGGCCAGUGCUCCACCUGGCUGCCUGUUAGAACCGGCCCUGGGGACGAGGUUCCAUGUCGCUACUCUUCCUCGACCGGGUAUAGUCCGAUUGUGGUGAAUUGACAGGAUGUGGAGCCACAAGCUGAAUGAGGUGCCUUUACAAAAUCCAAGGUCCUCGCAGAGUAGGGAUUCCAUCAGAGACUUAACCACAGCAUGGGAUGCUUUUUCACAGACCAAGGCAGCACUGCAGCACAUUGAGAACAAAUUGGACGUGGCUCCUAAUAGCACAGCUGUGUUGGAUUCAGUCAUGGACAGCAAAAAGCCAUCUGCCGGUGCUACCAGGAAAAUAAGUAGGAAAGCCUGCAGGUCUGCCAGCCAAAAGAAGGAGAGGUCCCCCCGCUGCCCUCUUCGUGCUACCACUUUGGAUAGCAACGUUGAAAAGAGAGAACGUGUUGAAUUUCGUGAACCCCUUGUGGCCUCUUUCAGGGAUGCUCCAUGGUCCCCGUCAUAUAAAACCUCUUGCCAACUUAGAUGUUUAAAGCAUAAAGAAGCAGGAAAUAAGUCAGAAAAAAUGAAUCGUAUAACAUAUGAAAAAGGUGAACCAGAUUUUCACAGCAGAGAUUUCAAAAGCCCAUCUUCUGCAGAUGAAACUGUAGUUCGAUAUUUGAAUGACCGACCAGCAAUUGAUGCCUUACAAAGUUCACAGAUUUUCUUUAAAGCUGUAUCAGAGGAGGAAAAGACUGAGGAAUCUAAAACUUCUCAGAGUACCACAACCCAGGAUGAUGAACUCAAAGAACUGCAGUUGGUGGAAUCUUCAGCUUCUUCUGCCAGUACCUUCAGUGCCCACAGACUAGAUAUUUUAAAGCAGCAUCAGCAUGAUGUCAAACUGGAAAAACUGAAGGAACGAAUUAGAAAGCAGUGGGAGCUUCCAGAAGAAUUGAGUGGCAGAGGGAAUAAUCUGGAAUAUGGUGAUGACCUGAUACCUGCUGUAGCUGCUGAGAAUAUAGUGACUCCAAAAGUCAGAAAAGUAACAACUGCACCUCCUGCUCCCUCAUAUAAAGGGUUCAAUCCAUCAGAAGCCAAGAUUCGUACUCCUGAUGGAAAGGUGUGGCAUGAAGAGGAAUUUCUCAGUCUCAGUAGAGAGUUAUGUCAUGACUUAGAACUCCAAUUAGCAGAAGAGGAUUUGGCAGUGAAAGAGACACCUGAUGAAAAAAAGAAGGAGAAAAAAGCGAUCAGACCAGUACGCAAAAUCCAGAAAGUGACACAGCUUUCAAGUCCUGAUUCCAAACCAGGCGGCACCAAUGCAAUAACUACAUCAUCCUGGCGGGAAGGACAAAGACUGAUAAUGAAGCUACUAGGUCCAGCACCCAAAGUAGUAGAGGAACAGGAUAAACAACCAGUAUCCUGUGACAGAACUGGGAGAGAUAAAUCCACUAAAUCUGCAACCCGUGUUAGUAGGACAGAAGCUCAUUUCAAGUUGGAUGUGACCGUAAAACCCCAAUCAAAAAGUCCUGAAAAAUCACAGAGUAAAGUAAGAAUGGAGAAUAGUCUGAAGAAAAAACACUCUGCUCUUCAGGAUAGAAAACAGGGAGAAGACCAUGUAAACAAGGAGUUCUUGCCAGUGGAGAUCCGUGGGAUUCUUGAUGACCUACAACUGGACUCUGUGUCUCAGGGUACAGAACAAGUGAGGGAUGAAGAAAGUCAGAACCAAAACUCAGCACCUGCUGCCUUUAUUAGAAGCCACAGCCCAACCAAAAGAAAACCAGAUAAGCUGUCUGCCAUUGAAGAGCCUCAAGUCACUUCUAAGAAACGCCAUUAUGAUUCAGAUGAAGUUCGCCAGUAUAUUGUUAGACAGCAGGAGGAGAGAAAGAAGAGGCAAAACGAAGAAAAGAAAGCACAGAAGGAGGCAACAGAACAAAAAAAUAAAAGACUUCAGGAGCUUUACAAGAAACAGAAAGAGGCUCUUGCUAAUAAGACAAAGAGCACAUUGGCUCCUGAAUUAGCCACCAAGCAAUUACAAGAAACUUAUUCUAAACUGUUACUGGAACAACCCUUGCUGGAGGAGCCACUGCCCCCUGUAAAAGAAGUACAGUCCACACCUGGAUAUCAACCAUCUGGAGAAUCUGACAAGGAGAACAAGGUGCAGGAGCGUCCUCUCAGUGCAUCCUCUAGUAGCGAUAUGUCUCUCUCAGAACCUCCUCAUACUCUCAUUCGGAAUAAUUUAUUGGACCCUUUAUGGAUUCAGCCGGACAGGCUGACUUCAAAAGUCCAACGUUCUUGUUCACAACCUUGUACUGUCUUAAGUGGAGAAUUCUUCCCCCAGCCUUUGUCCCAGGAUCAUGUGGGCAUCUUGCAAGAGGACUUUGACUCUGUAUUAUCAACUAGGAGGAGUCACAGCCCAGCUGUAGGAUCCAUGCCUUUGGCAUCCCAGGCAUUUAUGACAUCUGCUGUACAGCCCACCAUUAAUCAGUAUAAAAGUAAAUUGGACCGUAUUGAAGCUCUGAAGGCAACAGCAGCUUCUCUGUCAAGCAGAAUAGAAAGUGAAGCCAAGAAAUUAGCUGGGGCUAGCAUUAACUAUGGUGCAGUGUGGAAUUCAGAGCAUGAUUUGUUGCAAGGAGAUCAGGGUGAUGGCUACUGGGCAAAAGCCAGCAGCCCCCCUAUGAAAGAAGAUGAUGUCUUUUCAGCCAGGCUUCAGAAGAUGUUGGGUACCUGCAUCUCUCAUACAAGUUUUGAUGAUAACCUUCCUGGAGUCGGAAAUCUUAGUGAGUUUAAAAAGCUCCCGGAGACUAUCAGUCCUCAUGCUGCCCCUAUUAGCCUUCCAGGCAAUUACAAAAUGGAAGGAAUAUUGGGAAAUCUAUCCAAAAAAAAAGCAUGCUCCCCUGGUGCUGAUAGUAAAGCUAUAAUUCUGCAUGAUUAUAGCAUUGAUUCAAUAAGUGAGGGGCCACUCAGUGAUGGUCCCGCAUCUGAAGAGGAAGAAGAAAAACAUGAGCACCCAACUUUGAAGACCGCAGAAGUGUUAAAGGUAAAAGAAUUCUGUGUGGCAGAUAAAACUGGCUAUGAACCCAUAAAAGAAUUUCAGAAGGAGGCAGAGAAGUAUUUGCCCAUUUUUACACAGAUAAGGAGUGCCCCAAGACCUUGGGAAGAACUGGCAAAGGGAAGUCCACAUAGUGUCAUCAACAUCUUUACAAAAUCUUACCAGCUGAGUGGAAAAGGAUUUGAAGAAUGGUCAGGACAAGGAUCACCAACUCAGCGAUCUUUAUUCCCAGUCAUGAGCCCUCCAGCUAGCAUUGUUUCAUAUGAGGAUGACUUCAUCUCAUCACAGGGAAGUGGAACCAUGACAGACAAAAGAGUUUCUCUUGAGCCCAGUGGCAGCAGCCCCCCCCUCAAAGAAGGUGCCACCAGGAAGUCACUGUAUGAGCUCCAAUCUAUGGAGUUUAUAUCCUCAGGAACACCAUCUGCAGGUUCUUCUCGUUCAUCUGCAUCUUCUAAAAAAAGAGGUAAAAAGGAAAAGACAGAAACUUUCAGCACAGUUCCAAAUGCCUGUUUGAGGGAGGAAAACAAAAUGUUGCCAGGAUCAGACUAUGGACUGCAACAGGCAAAGAACUCUUUACCUAGUAAUGGAGUAUCUAAUAGACAACAAGAGCAAAACCCAGAUUCUGACAGCACUUUAGAAGAACUCUCUUGUUACUCUUUGAUGAGUCUGCCAGAUAAAGUAAGAUCCCCAAGAACUGCAGGCUCUCCUCAGUCUCCUAGCUUACAGAAACCAUUGGAUCCUGUAGUAAAUGCAGCAGAAAAAACCCAAUCCCUUUCAAGCUCUCCAGUGACUGCAGCUCCUGGACUGAAGCCAAAUCUUGCCUUCUCUGAUAUGAACCUUGGAAUCAACAGGACAGGAACAAGUGGCAUGAAUGGACCCAUGCGCUUCUCACCUGCUGGUCUUCAGCAUCGUAUGUCAGCAGAGCUUCAUUACUUAAGUGCAAUUGAGGAGUCCGUUCGCCAGAUCUCUGAUGUAGAGCGGGUGCGGGGCAUAUCACUUGCACAACAGGAAAGUGUUUCACUGGCUCAGAUUCUGAAGGCACAGCAGCAACGACAUGAGCGUGACUUGGCUCUUUUGAAGCUCAAGGCCGAGCAAGAGGCUUUAGAAAGUCAGAGGCAACUGGAAGAGGCAAGACAGAAAGCAGCUCAGGCCCAUGCAGAGUCUCUCCAGCAGCUGGUUCAGUCACAGCAGGAGGCAGCAGAAAAUCUACAGGAGACGACAUGCAAGAUUGCAGCUCAGCAAGCGGAGGCUGCUCUGCUCACCACAGACGCUGCUCGCCAGAUACGUGAGAUGACAGAGCUUGCACGAGCCCAGAUCUCUGAUGCCGUUGGGGCUCCUGCAGCCCCAAUUACUGCAUUGUUCGACCAAGAGCGGAAGCACCAUUCAGCACUCGUAAAGCAACUAAAAUCUCACAAUACAAGCAGGAAAGCAGAAUCAAUUACACCUUCACAAAGUAAAGAGGAAACAGGUGACUCAAAACAUCAUUACUCUCCCUCAUUUGAUAGUUACUCAGAAUCAUCGCGAUCAAAGGCACACGAUCAGAGCAGCAGCAGCAGUCGCCAGGAAAGUCCUUCUGUUCCAUCUUCCAAGGAGACUAAGAAACUUUCCCGUCGUGAAAAGCCAGGCAGCUCCAUUGAAGAGGAGGCUCCUACGGCAGUGAAUGAUUCUCUGAAGAGUAAUAGUAUCCCAUCUAUUCCCGAUGAGAGAGACUCAACUUCUGUUGCAACAGAAUAUUCCCUGAAAUUUGAUGAGUCCAUGACAGAGGAUGAAAUUGAAGAAAAGUCCUUCCGGUCCUUGCUACCUUCUGAAAGUCACCGCCGGAUCAAUAUGAAGAAACGAGCUCACCGGGAUUAUUCUGAUGAGGAAGCUUCCCCUGAAAAGACCCCCAUAUCACCUGUUAAAGAGCUAAACCUGCCUUUCUCAGGAGGGCAAGAUAGCUUUUCUAAAUUUACCAUGGAAAUGGUGCGGCAAUACAUGAAGGAGGAAGAGAUGCGGGCAGCUCACCAGUUAUCACUGCUCCGAUUACGUGAAAAAGCACUGAAAGAGAAGACAAAGGCUGAGCUAGCCUGGCUAGAACACCAGAAAAAGCGUUUACGAGACAAAGGAGAGGAUGACAAAAUGCCACCAAUCCGAAAGAAACAACGUGGCCUACUUCUGAAGUUGCAGCAAGAGAAGGCAGAAAUUAAGCGUCUUCAGGAAGCCAAUAAGGCAGCCCGGAAAGAGAGACAACUGAUCCUUAAGCAGCAGGAAGAGAUAGAGCGGAUACGUCAAACCACUAUGAAACUGCAGGAAAAACUGAAGUCUGCCGGGGAAAACAAGCUGGAGCAUUGCAGUGGGAAUGAUAUAAAGCAAACCCACUCUUCAAGCCCACUGCCAACAGAUGCAGAGACCUGUAGCCCUUCCUCUAUUUCCAGCUGCGAGACCAGUAGCAUUAUGCAGAAACUAAAGAAAAUGCACAGCCGAAUGGAUGAGAAACACUGCUCUCCUGUUCACUACUUCUUCUCUGUCUUUACGUCUCACCACUGGGCUUCUCUCAGUGUCUGUUUUCCCAACCUCCAUCCCAAAUUCCAGCUGUAUAUCUACAACCAAUUGGUCAGAUUCUUGACUAAGCGUGAGCAAAAAUUGAUGCAGCGUCGCCAGCAUGCUGAAGAACUGCUACAGUGGAAGCGCCGCUUAGAUGCGGAAGAAGCAGAAAUACGUCAAAUAGAGAAACAAGCAUUGGCUGCCUGGGACAAAGAGCUAAACAAAAUAAAAGCAAACAGAAAGGGGGCAGGAGACCAGAAGUCUGCCCACAAAGAAACAGUGCCACCUUGUUCUUGCCUGAAUAGCGAAAGUUCUGUCCCUGAAGAACUGGGUGCUCUAGUUGUGGAGUCUGGCCCAUCAAAGGUCUCUGAGCCGCAAGAGCAGUUGCAAAGCCUAGAUAACACCCUUACGGAAGAAAUGGCUUAUACACAGGAAAUCGUAUCAGCUGCCUCACCUGGAAAACAUUCUCCAUCCAAAAGUAAUACAUCCCUGUCCAAGCAAGAGUCGUCUAGCAAAGGAACCCAGAGAACUGGGGGACAGCAACAUUUAUCUAUAAAAUCUCAGGAUGUAUCCUACAGUUGGUCUGAUGAGUCUUUGUCCAUGACCCAAUCAGAAACUACAUCUGAUCAAAGUGAUAUUGAAAGCCGUAUCUGGGCUCUGAAGGAUGAGUUACAGAAGAGAAAGUCUAUGGUUUACCAACUGAAAAAGGAACAGAAGCAGAGGCACAAGGAGAGACUGAAAGCCCAAGAAGCCAGUUUGAUUAAACAGUUAGAGACUUACGAUGAAUUCAUCAAGAAGACUGAAGCAGAACUGAGCCAGGAUCUGGAGGCAACACCUACAGCUAAACCUCAAAUUAAAACUCCAUCUUCAGCUACUGAGAAACCAAAGAUCAAGCCACCUCCACUUCAUAGAUCGGAAGCAACGAAAAGUUGGAAAUCACUACCUGAUUCUGAACGUCCUAGAGGGUCCUUGGAGUCCAUUGCAGAGCAUAUCGAUAUUAUCUCUCAUUCUGAGAAAUCUGUGUCUGCGUACACCAAAAAAUUCAUUGAAGCAGAAAUUCGGACAGAGGAACAUUCACAAAUGCCUUCCCCACUCUUAAAGUCCCCAAGGAAAUCUAGAGCAGAAUCUGGUGAUUCAUUGGACAGUUUGGCCUCAUCAGCUCUCUUCAAAGACUUAGGAGACAUAAGCAAGACAUCCCAUGUUUCGCAGAACAAGUUCGAAGAUGCAAAGAGCUAUGAUUCUCUUGUUUCCACUAACAGAUCUGUGGUACAAGAGGAAAUAGAAUCUGUAAAAUUAGAAGAAUCUGAGGCAGAAGUAGUUUACAAGGUUUCUGAAAGUUCUGAUCCCUCUGCUUUUGAUACAGAACAAAAGAGUUCCCCUCCAGCUUCUCUAAAGACAGAUGCGUGUCCUGAGGCUGAACUGUUGGAAAAUGAUCAGAUGGACCUGGCUUUUGUAUGUGUUCAGGAAACAAAGGAAAUCCCAGAGGAAAAUUAUAACGAUGAUGAAAGUGCCACUUCAGUAAAGUCUUCUCGUACAUUGAAUAAGGAGUUGCUGAAAGGAGAUUCUUUGGUUUCAGAAAAGAUUUCCAUUUGCAACGAGCCGUCAUAUUCUAAUGACUUUGAAGUGGCUUCCUCAAGAAAAGAGAUGUCGAAAAACGCGAUACCUCUUCGUGAAUAUUGCAAGGAUGAUUUUGACACAUCCACAUUGUCUUUUGAAAAAGACUGUAGGUCACAGGGAGAGAAAUCUUGGUAUACAAAAACUCUUAGGAGUAGUAUUGGAAGCAUCGAUGAAGUAAGUGAAUGUCUUAGUGACAAGUCUUUGUCUGUGGCUGGCAGUAAUCAUUCAGAGAGAUUAUUAGAACUGAAGUCACCAACAGAAUUUAUGAAAAGUAAGGAGCUCAGUGAUGUGGAUAAGGAACCAGUUCAUGUUGAUUCAUCACUUGAGGCUUCCAGUUCCAGAGCAGAUGAAGAAGAAAACAUUUUGAUAGAUUUCAGCAUUGGUGACAGAGUACUUGUGAGUAACGUCCAGCCUGGUACACUGAGAUUCAAGGGCCUGACAAAUUUUGCUAAAGGUAUUUGGGCUGGUGUAGAGUUGGAGAAGCCUGAAGGAAACAAUAAUGGCACUUACGAUGGCAUUCAAUAUUUUAAUUGCAAAGAAAAGCAUGGUAUUUUUGCUCCUCCACAAAAAAUUUCUCGGAUUUUGGAAAGUUUUGAUAAUUACAUGUCCACAACUGAAAACUCGUUCUGCAAACAUAAACUAGAUCACCACCACAAAGUGAAUCAAAAAGUAAAAGAAAGUCCUGAAGAAAAGGAGAGUGAAGAAAAAAAUGGAAGUAAGAAAUGCCCCCAGAAUAAUUCUUCAAAAGGUGCAUCUGCCUUAGAGGGCUCGCCUGCAGCAGAAGAUUAUAUAACAUUAGCCUCCCAAAGAAACCAUGUGACAGCAGUUAUUACUGCUGUUGAAGAAUUUGAUCAAGAACAGAAUAUUAUUGAUUCUAUAAAGUCCUCUGUAGAUGACAACAGCAUCUUAUCUGCCUCAGUUUCUAAUGCCCGUAGAGAGGCUUCUGCAAUUGCAGUAGAAGAAAGCUUGGACAGCAUCUUCCCUGAGAAAUGGAAGCAGCAGCAUCAACAGCCCUCGUGGCAGGAGUAUACUGAACAGUCAGAUAGUCUUUCUCCUGGAGUUUUGGAGAAGUCUGCCACUCCACUCCUCGACCUGCUGACAAAAGAAAGAAGCCAUUUAGAAGCACAACUUAGAGUACCAUCCCAAAAGGAGGGAGAACUGAUAGAUCAACAGAAAAAGGUUGGCUUACUGGCUGACCGUCUCCUGCAGGCUUUUGUGAAGGACACAGUCAAUCAGCUGCAGCAAAUCAAGAAGGUCAGGAAUGAGAAAAUCCAGUGUAGCAAUCAAGAACUCUGUGCUAUCCAAGAGAAACAGUUGGCAGCUAACAACCUACAGAGCAUUCUGAUUUCUGAACUCGACGAUGGAGAAGAAGUUUCUUCACCAGACAUGUGCCCCAGGCCUGAAAGCCCUGUCUUUGGUGCCAGUGGGCAGGAAGAACUUGCGAAGAGGCUGGCAGAACUGGAGCUUAGCCGGGAGUUCCUAAGUGUAUUGGGAGAUGACCAAGAUUGGUUUGAUGAAGACUUUGGCUUGAGUUCUCACAAGCUCCCUCAGAAGCAAGCUGAAGAAUCAGCUGUAUUGCCUAAAAUAGAGCCCCCCAAAGUGCCUCUCAAGCCCUGUGAAGAGCCACUGGCUGUCCCACACACUGCAGAGGAGGUGGAGGGCCUAGUGCAUGCAGCAGCUGAGGAAUUAUGGAAGUGCAAAGAGCUGGGGCAUGAUCUUCAGGCUUUCAGGCUUCAUAGAGACAUCAAUGAUUCCCCCAAAGAUGAUGACAUUGAAGCUGUUAGCAAACAAAUCUAUAAACAGGCUGUAUUUGACUUAACAAGAGAGAUUUUUGAAGAAAUCUUUGCAGAAGAUCCAAAUUUGAACCAACCCAUAUGGAUGAAACCGUUCAGGAUUACAUCUGGUUAUUUCCGUCGAGUAAAAGAUCCAAAUGACCUAGAGGAGAUCAAGAGUUUCAUAGCAACUGAGGUGCUAAGACUCUUAAAUUUAAAGAAGGAGCUCAGCAACAAAACAGACUGGCAGAAAAUGAUGAAAUUUGGACGCAAAAAACGUGACAGAGUGGAUCAUAUACUGGUGCAGGAAUUGCAUGAGGAAGAAGCUCAGUGGGUGAACUAUGAUGAAGAUGAGCUGUAUGUGAAGAUGCAACUGGCAGAUGGGAUUUUUGAGGCCUUAAUUAGAGAGACGAUUGAUGUUCUUAACCAGAUCAACGAAAAGCAGGAGAAGCUGCUGCCUAUGUGACAUUGAAGUUAUAUGUUUGUCAUAGCAAUGCUGUUACCGGCGUACAAUAUGGUCUUACAUCUCCCCCUUUCCAUGCUGCCUUGGGAGACAUUACACUGGAUUUGUUCUAGAUGUUUUUCAAUAAAUGCUUUUUGCCAAUUCAGCACUAAGUAUAGCAGCUGACACCUGUGUGAGAUGUUGUGUUUGUGUGGCAGCCCUGUUACAGGGACUGUCCAUUACAGGUAUUGUAAAUGGCUGGGUUAGAGCACCAGACACCCAGCAGUGGAAACUAAGUCAUUAGUAAACAUUGUUCUUCAUUUUAAUAACUGCUGUUCUAGUCUCUUUUUAAUUAUAAUAAUGUUGUUAAUUGUCUUAAUAAUUUGUACUACAUCCCCAAACCUACAUCUGUUCCUUACAAUACGGUUUUGUUCUGUUCUUCCAUUCAUUUCCAUCGUUUUGUCUUGAAAUAUAGACUUAGAUAGUGUCACUUGAUAAUGCAAGGAAAACUGAAGGGCCUUGAGUUCUGUGAUCAGCUAAAGCUUUUUUCCUUCUGCCUUUAGGCAGAAUGAAAAGCUGGUAUAAUUUUCCUACUCCUCCGCUAUAUUUUCUCAGUGAACCACCAGCUGCUCCUAACUAAAUGGGUACUCAGGAUUCUCUCAGACACUUGACAUGCGAGAAUUGGAAAAAAUGCUUGCUCAAAUGUAGGCGUUAGGUCCCUUUACUUCUUCCUGUGCUUAUCACCCUACUGUAAUGUAUUGGCAGAGUCCUUACUUGAACUCCAUAGGAUUAGAGUGUAAUGUACCAAAGAGUGAUGCCCAGUGCUUGAUUCUGGACUUGUUUUGUAUGCAUGUCGACUUUAUUUUAACUUAUUUUAUAACUUGUAUGUUAAAAAUAUGCCUAGUGCUACACUGAUUGCAUUACCAUAGGAUUUAAAAUACCAGAAACAUCCAUAUAAACUGUCUUUGUGCAUUAGCACUGUAUAUGUGCUAUAAAUAUAGAGAUGCUUAGCCUUUGUGCAAAAAUUCAACAUCAGAGUCUAAAGAUACACGUGUAUGUUUUCCACUGGGGGUAGAGAAAGAGUAUGAAGAACAACAGACUGUUUGAAGCUGUUGAUUUUGCAGAGAGAACAUCUGAAAUGGGAUGUUAAAAACUCCUCUGCCACUCCCAAGAUUUCCCAUAUGUGCUUCUCGUGUAGGACACAGCCACUGUCAAACAUGGCGUGCAGCAUACUAGCUCCUCCUUCCUUCCGCCCUCAACCCCAGUGUUUCUGCAAAGGAACACAGAUGAGCAAGGCUUGAAUGCUGAUGCCUUAAUAUGCAAUCUGGUUUACUUGACAUGAUGUAUUGAAUCAAAGCAGAUUCAAAAUCUCUUAACAUAUCUUAGCAUGGAGACAACUCUCAGAAUCAUGGCAGGAGGCACUCCAAAGAGUUUGUGAACCAAGAGGUGUAGAUGGGAAGAGUUACACCCUUUUCCCAUUCAUUUCAUUUAGUUCUUGGGCUUCCAACUAAGUAUACCUCUGCUAAUACUCCUUUAGUGAUCUGUGCUUUUGAAAUCUUUGACAUUUGUUUGCCUUUUGCACAAUGACACACAACCAAGGUAGCUCCUCCCAUUUACAGGCUAAGCAGAGAAUUGGUUGGCAUCCAAGCAAAAAUGCCCCUCUCAGAUGUGGCAUUGCCAGCAUCUCAUUUGUAAAUUUGCUGUAUUUAGUCUUAUCUACAUGAACUAAAGGAACAAAAGGACAUGGAAAUACUUACCAUGUCUACUUAUUAACAUUUUACUCUCACUGUGUAAGAGCUAGGUGCCAAUAAAAAAAAAAGAUGGAGCAAGCUGCUAUGAUUUGAGUCUCUCUUCAUAUUGAACCUAAGAGUUGUCUUAAUGCUUUUUUAACUUGUAAACAACAACUGCUGGGGUUUUUUAAACAAGUAUGAUGCCAUUUUUGACAGUGUCUUCUGUUACUAUUUCUGGGCCACCCAUUAAUUUUUAACUCCUAGAUAAAUUGUUUGAAUCAAGGUAAUUUCCAAGUGGAGAGGGAAAAUCACCUACAAAACUGAUAGCUGCAUAUCUAAACUAGAGACAGAGUAGAUUAACAGAAACAAGAUAAAUAGUGAUGCAUUGUACAUCCUAAAGCUGUUGCCUUGAACAUAGGUUGUGUAGGAGAAUAGCCUCAGCCUCUCCAGGCGUAGAAAAGGCCUGGAGAUUUCCUUUGUAAAACUGCUGAUGUGAGUGAACACAGCACUGACUACCAGUUCAACCUUUUCAGUUCUAAGCAGCAGCUGCUUACAUAAAAAUAGUAGCUUUUUUUCCUACAGGCAGUAGAUUGUUCUUGCAGGUUUUAGACAACAAAAGUCAAAUUGGAGGAUCUUCUACUCAAAGACACAAGGUUUCUAAAACAUUAUGAAAUACAUGAGAAUUACCUCUACCUCACCCUGAGAGGUCCUGUGUUUGUAUCUAUGUGAAAAUGUGUAGUGUUUGUUUAACACACGCCUUUGUCCCCCAGAUAUGUGUGUGCUCCAAAGCACAAGCUUUCCUAUCUGUCAGUAAGACGUGUCAUUUUUGAAUACUUUUUGACAUACAUGCCGACAUAGGAGUAACCACCCUGUGUAUAAUGAAUGACAAAGAGGCCAUUAAUGUAGAGUCCAAUGAGGAGCGUGGAGAAGUGUCCUUUUCAGGAUGGAUAGCUAACGCAGCACAGGGAAGUUGGAGGUUUAAGCAGCUGCUGUUUUUGUGGAGAGUAUACCAUGAGAAUUAAUCUAGGUGACACUGUUGUAGAAUUUGCAUUAGAGAACAUGGGACUUGACCAUUCUGAGCCCAAAAGUAAGAGAAACCAUCAAAAGCACAGCUAGAAAGAAUGGAUUAAGUUUUAAACGUACUGCCAUUAUUCUAAUCUGAGGUAUUGAGGUAAAAUGCACAGAAGACCAGGAUUAUGCAAAUACAAAGGGCACAAAUUCUCUAUGUAGGAUUGUCUCUGAUCUACAUAUUUGAGAGACAGUCCCCUAAAACAUACUGUUCAAGUCCCAUUUAGAUGGAUGGGUAUUAGAAUGCAACUAUACUCUUGCACAAUUUCCAUUCAUUGUGCCCUGUAGGCUUUAACUGCCUUUCAGAAAACAACUUCACUAACGUUCUGUGGCCUGUUUGGGAGUGGGGAGAGACCUAUUGAUGAUCUUUGAAAACGUGGCCUUAGCAUUUUUGCAAUACUUGAAUAAAAGAAAUUCAGGAGCACAGCAUUCAGAGACCAUUGAAGUAACUGCACCAUGAAGACUUUUUCAGAUCGCUUUUGCUACCUUAACAGAAUUGACUGCUUAAGUUCCAGCAGCAAAAACAGUUGACACUUGCAAAGUGUUUCUUUGUAAACUAUAGGAUUUUUUUAGUAUCAUUUACAAACACUGGUCAACAUGGGUAAGCAAAACUCUCAGCAGAACUAAUUUGAAAUCUAAUGUAGAAAAUGAGAGUGAAAAGCUGUACUGUAAUACAUUGGAGUAAAUGGGAGUUUUUCUUUGAUUUUUUGCAGAGCCUUUUUAUAUACAUUAACAGAGCCGUCUUGAGAAGACCCUGCUGCCCUGUGUACUGUAUUGUGCAGAUACUAAGCUGUGUGUGUGUGUGUGUGUGUGUGUGUGUAAAUAACUUUUUCAAACUGGUUCCCAGGCCAAUUUCAGCUAACAGUCGCACACCUCUGUGCACCACGGCUCAGUAAAUUACAGGGUGUUAAGGUUCUUGUAAUUAUAAUUGUAAAAUAUCCAGGGUAGUCCCUGUGUAUACCAGUAUAAAUAUCUUUGUUAAUUUGAGAUGUACUUUAAGAAAUAAAACUGUAAA